AACAGUGGCGGUGUGUACGAAAAUAUACGAUAUUUGCACAGAAAAAUACGCAAAUGCGUUGUAGAAUGUUUAUUUUAAAAGAUUUGAACAUCUACAACUCGUGCCUAGUGCAUUUGGAACAGCUUUACCGAAUUAACAGUCGGUGCUAGUCCAGCAGCUCGCUGACAUUUAAAUUCAACCUCGAGAACUGUCAUAACAAUUCGUACCGCAACGUAAAUAAGUCCGUGAUUUCGGAGCUCGCUGUGAAGGAAUUUGUGGAAUUUACGAGCUUUCUGCUGGUUUCCCUCCGUCUCACACGCUAGUUUGAUUCAACAUUCGACCGUACUGCAGGGUAGUGUAAGUUGUGUUGUCGUGAAGCCAUAAUAUCCCUCAACAUGCUGUUCUCGUGGUUGCGGACUGCCGGGAGACUACCUCUUCCCGCCCGUUCCUUUUCAAAUGUGGCCACGGCCAGCUCUGCCAAGCUGCAGGAACAGGCGCUGGAGGAGAAGUGUAUCCUGGUGAACGAUCACGAUCAAGCCACCGGAAGUGCCUCGAAGCGGGACUGCCACCGGGUGGAUCCCGACGGUAACAUUCGUCUGCAUCGUGCGUUCAGUGUCUUCCUGUUCAACAGUGCCGGAGAUAUGCUGCUGCAACGUAGAUCCGUCGAAAAGAUAACAUUUCCCGACUGCUACACGAACGCUUGCUGCAGCCAUCCGCUGUACGACAUCGAGGGAGAGCGGGAGGAGCUGAAUGCCCUUGGCAUUCGGCGCGCUGCCCAGCGACGAUUGAACUACGAGCUUGGCAUUCCAAUGGCACAGGCACGGCCGGAAAACUUCCACUACAUCACCCGCAUCCACUACGCCGACCGGGGCGAUGGGACGUGGGGAGAGCACGAGAUCGACUACAUUCUGUUCCUGCAGAAAGAUGUCGACCUGAAGCCAAACGACAGCGAGGUCAGCGAGGUGCGAUACAUUCCGCGCAGUGGGCUGACGGAUGCCAUCGCACGGCUGGAUGCACCGCUAACGCCCUGGUUCCGGCUGAUCUUGCAGCACCGACUGCAGCUGUGGUGGGACAAUUUGCCUAAUUUGAAGCAGUACGAAAACCACAAGCAGAUCGAACGAUUCUAGCUGGCAGGGUAUGGUAAUCGGAAACCAAAAUUUAGGCGCGUAAGUACGACACUGCACAAUGGCAGCAGCAGGCGGUAAGGGGGCCGAGGAAGCAAUAUUUAAAUGAUUUUGAUAAGCGUUUAACGGUAGAAGGGAAUAUUUAUGAUGGGUAAGAAGAUGUUGCAAUACGCAUGUAAAUGAAUUGUUAUUAAGUUUACUAACUGGACACUGGAAUAUGACAAGAAUCUAUUUUUCUACAAAUAA